GCUUAGAUGGCCUCCUACUACUUCCUCUUGUUUGUUCUUGUCGCUUCUACUGCACUUUCGAAAGCAGAUGCCAAAAGGAAAUUAUCUUCAGACUUCUACUCCAGGAGCUGCCCCGAACUGUUGCCUAUAGUGAAAAAAGGAGUCAUUAAAGCCAUUAAAAAUGAAACUCGCAUAGGAGCUUCCUUACUUCGAUUGCAUUUCCACGACUGCUUUGUUAAUGGCUGCGAUGCAUCAAUAUUGUUGGAUGAUACAAGCAAUUUCAUAGGAGAGAAAACGGCAGCAGCUAACAAUAAUUCAGCUAGAGGAUUCGACGUGAUUGAUGACAUAAAAGCCAAGGUGGAGAAAGCAUGCCCUAGGGUUGUGUCCUGUGCUGAUAUUCUUGCUCUGGCUGCUCGAGACUCUGUUGUUUAUUUAGGAGGGCCUUCGUGGAAAGUAGGCUUGGGGAGAAGGGAUUCUACCACAGCUAGCAGAGCUGAUGCCAAUAACUCCAUACCUGCACCCUUUCUCAAUUUAACCGCUCUAAAAGCUAAUUUCGCUAACCAGGGACUCUCUGUGAAGAAUUUAGUGGCUCUUUCAGGUGGGCAUACCAUUGGCCUUGCUAGAUGUGUACAAUUCCGAGCACACAUCUACAAUGAUUCCAACAUUGAUACCUCCUUUGCAAAGUCCCUACAAAGCAAAUGCCCAAGAAGUGGAAAUGACAAUCUACUAGAACCCCUAGAUCGUCAAACUCCAACCCACUUCGAUAAUCUAUACUUCAAGAAUUUACUGGAUAAAAAGGGACUUCUCCAUUCCGACCAAGAGUUGUUCAAUGGCGGUUCCACCGAUAAGCUGGUGAAGAAAUACGCUAAUAAUACAGCUGCAUUCUUUAAAGCCUUUGCCAAGGGCAUGGUCAGCAUGAGCAGGAUCAAGCCACUCACAGGAAGCGAGGGCCAGAUCAGAAUCAAUUGCAGAAAAGUCAAUUAAACAUUAGUGAGUGAUAUGGGUGCAUACUUAUAUAUUUUAUCCAUCUUUCUUCCAAA